AUGGCCCGGCCGGAGCCUCCCGCGUCGCCCUCGCUGCCGCUGCUGCUGCUGCUGCUGCUGGCGCAGCUGGCCGGGCGCGCGGCGGCCGCGUCCAAGGCGCCCGUGUGCCAGGAGAUUACGGUGCCCAUGUGUCGCGGCAUCGGCUACAAUCUGACGCACAUGCCCAACCAGUUCAACCACGACACGCAGGACGAGGCGGGCCUGGAGGUGCACCAGUUCUGGCCGCUGGUGGAGAUCCACUGUUCGCCGGACCUGCGCUUCUUCCUGUGCUCCAUGUACACGCCCAUCUGCCUGCCCGACUACCACAAGCCGCUGCCGCCCUGCCGCUCGGUGUGUGAGCGUGCCAAGGCCGGCUGCUCGCCGCUCAUGCGCCAGUACGGCUUCGCCUGGCCCGAGCGCAUGAGCUGCGACCGGCUGCCCGUGCUGGGCCGCGACGCCGAAGUCCUGUGCAUGGAUUACAACCGCAGCGACGCCACCACCGCGCCGCCGCCGCCCCGGCCCUUCCCGGAGCGGCCCACCCAGCCCGGCGCGCCCCAGGGCCCGGAGUCGGGGGUCCGGUGCGCCUCGGGGGCGCCGUCCGUGUGCGAGUGCCGGAAGCCCUUCGUGCCCAUCGUGAAGGCGUCCCACCCGCUGUACAACAAGGUGCGCACGGGCCAGGUGCCCAACUGCGCCGUGCCCUGCUACCAGCCGUCCUUCAGCCGCGACGAGCGCACCUUCGCCACCUUCUGGAUCGGCCUGUGGUCCGUGCUCUGCUUCCUCUCCACCUCCACCACCGUGGCCACCUUCCUGAUCGACAUGGAGCGCUUCCGCUACCCCGAGCGCCCCAUCAUCUUCCUGGCUGCCUGCUACCUGUGCGUGUCCCUCGGCUUCCUGGUGCGCCUGGUCGUGGGCCACGCCAGCGUGGCCUGCAGCCGCGAGCACAGCCACAUCCACUACGAGACCACGGGCCCCGCGCUGUGCACCGUGGUCUUCCUGCUCGUCUACUUCUUCGGCAUGGCCAGCUCCAUCUGGUGGGUCAUCCUGUCGCUCACCUGGUUCCUGGCGGCCGGCAUGAAGUGGAGCAACGAGGCCAUCGCCGGCUACGCGCAGUACUUCCACCUGGCCGCCUGGCUCAUCCCCACGGUCAAGUCCAUCACGGCGCUGGCGCUGAGCUCCGUGGACGGGGACCCCGUGGCGGGCAUCUGCUACGUGGGCAACCAGAACCUGAACUCGCUGCGGGGCUUUGUGCUGGGCCCGCUGGUGCUCUACCUGCUCGUGGGCACGCUCUUUCUGCUGGCCGGCUUCGUGUCCCUCUUUCGCAUCCGCAGCGUCAUCAAGCAGGGCGGCACCAAGACGGACAAGCUGGAGAAGCUCAUGAUGCGCAUCGGCGUGUUCACGCUGCUCUACACCGUGCCGGCCAGCAUCGUGGUGGCCUGUUACCUGUACGAGCAGCACUACAGGGAGAGCUGGGAGGCGGCGCUCACCUGCGCCUGUCCCGGCGGCGCCGACGCGGGCCAGCCGCGCGCCAAGCCCGAGUACUGGGUGCUCAUGCUCAAGUACUUCAUGUGCUUGGUCGUGGGCAUCACGUCGGGCGUGUGGAUCUGGUCGGGCAAGACGCUGGAGUCGUGGCGCCGCUUCACCAGCCGCUGCUGUGGACGCAAAGGCGGCCGCGCCCCCGCGCCCGGGGACUACGGAGAGGUGACCGCGGCGCUGACGGGCAGGACCGCGCCGGGCGCAGCCGCCACCAGCGCCGCCUCCAGCGCCAACGCCGUCGCCUACCACAAGCAGGUGUCCCUGUCGCACGUGUAGCGGGCACCGGCCCUGCCAAGGUCACUUCCGUUUA